GGAGUGUUCCUGUUCAGUGCUGUCCAGAUGGUUCCUCUCACCAUGAACAACUACGUGUUCCCAGCCUGGGGCCAGGGAGUGGGCUGGUGCAUGGCGUUGUCCUCCAUGCUCCUGAUACCUGGAUACAUGAUCUAUAUGUUCCUCAACCUCAAGGGGGAUUACAAAGAGCGUCUGCGGAUAAUGAUCCAGCCCCCGACGAUGGUGAAAGGAGAACGUCAGGAGAACGGCCCUGAGCAGACUGCAGCAGAAGCAGAGAACCUGGCCCCAGCCACUGAAGAGGCUUACAUCUAAACCUUGUUACAUCUAAACCCAUGCCCCGAGGCAAACUCUCUGCAGAAAACAACGUAAUCAAGGUGAAAACGCAACCAAGGGAUUCGUCUCAAAUGGCACACAAUUCCCUAUGUAGUGCACUACUUUUGACCAGGACCAAUAUGGGUAGUGUUUCAUAUAGGGUACUAUUCCAUAUGGGCCCUGGUCAAAAGUAGUGCACUACAUAGGGAAUAUGGUGCUAUUUGAGAUGCAAAAAUAAUAAAAUGACUUUGAUGUCUGAUAUCCUAUCACCUACCUCCAGGGGAAACAUGUGACCAACCUGAUUACAAUUUAGUUUUCAUUUUUUUUUUUUUUUUUUUUUUUUUUUGUAAAAGAAAAGAGUAAAAUAGAAGGAAGAAAGAUACAGUAGAUUAACUAGCCAGAUCAGAAUGAAGGAAGGCUAUGUUACAGGACACGUCUGAUGUUAUUGUCAACGGUUCUAUUUCAUAUGCAAAAACAUUUUUAGUCUUUCUGAAAUUAUUACCUAGAAAAUUACUGUCAUUUGAAUUAUAAUUUAAAUUUUGGAAGCCCCAAUAUGAUUCAACACUACCGUGCUAAUUCAAGAUAUUUACUUAAUUAAUCUAUUAAAAAUAAAAAUUAUUGUAAAAAGGUUAUAUAUAGAUUAUAAUUCAUACGUUUGUAUUUAAAAGAAAUAUAGAAAAAAGAAUGGAAUGUGUUACAGUAAGUAGUCAAAUAAAUGCAAAACGAAAGAUGCAUAGUGGAAUUGAAUAUUGACCAAUUAUAAACAAUGACCAUUAUGGGAAAGUGCAACCUGAAAGGCCAAAUCUCCAUAUCUAUGUAUAUAAUAUUAUCACUGUUUUCCAAGACCCUGCCAUUUUUACCACUAUUUUACCCUUACUUAUUUACCGGAGCAACCUUUGAAAAGCACAAAGGCCAGUGUGGAUCUCAAAUCAUUCCAUUCGGUACGACUAUUACAAAAUGCAGAUUAACAUUUACAUACCAGAGACUGUUACAAUUGUAUCUUU